GUCUAGGACGCAGUGUGUAGUUCCGCCCAGAGUGUCAUCGAAAUACUAGUUGUGGGGGAGAAGAAGCAGACGGUUAUAUUAACAAGGGCCAGUUCACAGUACAACAAACGUUACGCCUUGUGUAAAGGAACUACUUGGAUCUAAAAGGUACUGAAUUCAUAACGGCGAGCGCUUUACCGUCACCACACAGCAAGAUGGAAGAGUUACAGGAUGUCCAGCUGACCGAGAUCAAACCCCUGCUAAACAAUAAGAAUUCCAGAAAUUUCCAGGACUUUGAUUGCCAGGAGCAUGACAUCGAGACUCCGCAUGGCGUCCUCCAUGUGACUAUGAGGGGAGUGCCCAAGGGCAACCGGCCAGUCAUCCUCACCUACCACGACAUCGGUCUCAACCACAAGUCCUGCUUCAACACCCUGUUCAACUAUGAGGACAUGCAGGAGAUCACGCAGCACUUCGCCGUGGUCCACGUGGACGCCCCUGGCCAGCAGGAGGCUGCCCCCCCAUUCCCCACCGGCUACCAGUACCCAACCAUGGAGCAACUGGCCGAGAUGUUACCCUCCGUUAUGACUCAGCUAAAGGUCAACAGCGUGAUCGGCAUUGGUGUGGGAGCGGGGGCUUACAUCCUCUCUCGCUUCGCUCUGAAUAACCCCACCCUGGUGGAGGGCCUGGUGCUGAUCAACGUGGACCCCUGCGCUGAGGGCUGGAUCGACUGGGCUGCCUCCAAGCUGACUGGGUGGACCAGCAACCUGGUGGACAUUGUCAUGGCCCACCACUUUAGCGCCGAUGAGUUGACGGACAACCUGGAGCUCAUUCAGACCUACCGCCUCCACAUCGCCCAGGACAUCAACCAGGACAACCUGGCCCUCUUCUGCGGUUCCUACCAAUACCGCCUGGAUUUAGAUGUCGAGAGGCCACUGGUGGGACAGACCGCUGAAACCAUCAAUACCCUCACGUGCCCCUCUCUGCUGGUGGUCGGUGACACAUCACCUGCCGUGGAUGCUGUGGUGGAGUGCAACUCCAGGUUAGAUCCAGCCAAGACCACGCUGUUCAAGAUGGCUGAUUGUGGUGGCUUGCCCCAGGUUGUCCAGCCUGGAAAACUUGCUGAGGCCUUCAAGUACUUUGUUCAGGGAAUGGGCUACAUUCCCUACGUUCUUCUCAGUCACCUGAGCAACGAAUCAGUGUCGUCUGUAGGGAUGACCCGCCUGGCGCGCUCCCGCACCACCUCCUCCUCCAGCAUCGCCUCCAUGGAAAGCAGCCGCAGCCGCAACAACCUCAACAGCCUCCUGGAGGGCAGCGCCACCGGCAUGCUGGACACCCAGGCCGGCCCGCAGACCAUGGAGGUCUCCUGCUAAACACCCCCCCCCCCCCCCCCCGCCCCCACCGACCCUCCGAGCCCCUCCACCCCCCCCAACCUUUCACCCCCCCCACUCUCUUAGUCGGUACUCCUCCUUCUCCUCCUCCACCCUCACUUCUCCCUCAGGAUAACUGCAAUGUGGGUCCUGUCUCUCUCUCUCUCUCUCUCUCUCUCUCUCUCUCUCUCUCUCUCUCUCUCUGUCUCUCUGUCUCUCUGUCUCUCUCUCUCUCUGUCUCUCUCUCUGUCUCUCUCUCUGUCUCUCUCUCUGUCUCUCUCUCUGUCUCCCUACUCCCUCCUCUCUCCCUCUCUCAUCUUAAUGUCUCUUUCUCUCCCUCUCCUUAGCUACUCCCGAGCAGGGGGUACCUGUAAUGAAUUGUGUGCUUAGUUAAGAGGAUUAAUAAAGUUAAAUAUAUUAACAGAAGCAUUUUAUGAAGAAAACAAACAUUCUAAAACGAAUAUACCAUCAUCGUCACAUUCCGUGAGAAGAGAAGGAGAGAGAAAAAAAACACUAUAUUAGCAAUGUAUUGUACAUUUAAAUAAUCCAGUAGAAUAAUCAGCUCACCACUUUUUCUUUCCCUCUGACUCUAUUUGCAUGUACUGUGCAGACGUCAAUUCCCUGUAACCUCUUUUUUUGUUACCUUGAAGUUUCAUGUUUAAAGACUUUCAAGUCAAGUCCUAAUGUUUGCAUUGUUUUUUUCUGAAAAAUGUGUCUUUGAUUUCCGAGGUAUUUUGUUCACACCGGGCCACAGCUGUCCUUUACAAUGCACUAUAACCUGUACAACCAGACGUCAGUGUGCCGUGGCUGAGAUGUCAUUCACUGUACAGAAGAACACCGUUCAGGCUUUUAAUUAUCUGUGUCUGAGGCAAUUCGUGGUAAGGCUAACGGUAUUAAUUCUUUGUAAUGUCAAUAUGACACUUACAAUACGCUCAACAUACAAAAAUUAAAAAAGCUAUACGUGAAUGAAUCAUGGGCCGGUAUAGAUUCGACACGCGUUCAUUUUAUACUUUUUUUUCACUCUUUCCUGUUAUGCACUAAUAAUUGUUGUUCAGUUAAACUAGACCUGUACCAUCCAACUGGUCACACCUUUGAUUAAAACCACCAUAUAAGUGGGUUCUGAUGUGGAAAAUGACAUAAGUAUAUAAGAAGUAUAUAAACAUACAAGAUACACGUUCAGUCCAUCACUGUGGAGCCCAGUGCUUCUUAAUGUCUGCUGAUUCUCAACUCAUUUAUACUACUACUAAAUAAAGCUGCAAGAUGACUUAAACGGCGUUCUAUUCUGUGUUUCUGCCCUCUGACCCAACAAUGUGGUUGGAAAUGUUUCAGUUAAUGAGGACACAAAAUAAAUGAUAACAGGGUGGAAACUGGCUCACUAGUCAAGCACAUCCUUGCAUGCAGUCUACAACAGUCUACAGUGGAAAAUGUGGUCAGCCACUUUCCAACCGCAUUUGUACGUUGCCUUUACCUUCAAUCAAACUACAAGCUUUGUUUCAACAUCCGUUUCUAUUUUUAGAACAACUUUGAGGUAUGUUAAGUAUCGGUCAGCUAUAUUUUGCCCAAACAGUAACCUAACGUUAAACUCAUCAUUCUUCUUUCCAUUCGAGAGGUUUCUUCUAGUAAGACUUACACGUUUGCAGCAGAGAUAUUCGUAGUAUCUGCCAAUGCUUGUCCUUCUGAUUGGUUAGUAUCGUUAUAGUUCUGUUUCACGUCCAAUGAUUAAUUCACUUGAACGCCUCAUCUUAUGGAAUUUGGAGGCAUCUGACUUCACUACACUUUGGUUCUUAUGAAUCAUAUAGGUGCUCCAAACAAUGAGCUAUAAAAAGAUAACUGAACAAUUUUGUAGUAAUUGAUUCUUGAUUGUUUCUUCCCUCAUUUUGAACCUUGCUUUGGAAGAAAGCCACAAUACUAAAUCAAAAUCUUGACUGUUUUUGAUUAAAGUACCACAGUUGAUUAAAUAGGCAUGUUGAAGUAAUCAAAGUAUGUACUGGAUUAAAAUAUAUUUCCUAUUUUGUCUAUUUUCAUCACAAUGGAAUCUAGAUUUCCCGCUCAGCAACAGCCACCAGCAAAGUUCUGGUAACGAUGUUAUCAGGGUUCUGCUCCUAUUGCGGCCUAGAGCUCCUCUGCUGAGCCUUUUAACUAGGGCACAAUUGGCCUGAGUACUAAGAAUAAAAGUCAUAGCAGCAUACUGCGUACAUAAAGAGGAUAGAUCCUGUAUUACUUCAAAACUGCAAUCGUCAAUUCAAUCUAUUUAAUUUCUUUGAAUAUUGGUGUAUUCAUAGGCAGCAACCUUUUCUCUCCGGGAAGCGUGCAGCACAAAUUAUGACCCUGACACCACAAGUAUGAUUGCUCAGAUUAUCAAGGUCAUACGUCACCGUGAGUGAGUUGAAUUACUGAUUAUAACCCUCAGUGUAGUAAGUGCUUAUGGAGAGGUUUACUCAGUGGGGCCACAGUAACAUAAAUUACAGUGAAUGGUAGAUUAAAUCAAGGAUGACUAAACCUUGCUGAUUCACAUGUUCUAUAUGGACUGCUAUUAAAUCCGAACAGCGAUUUUAUCAAACCAUGGAACAUUCACCUCCUCACCUUCUGAGAUGUAAGCACAUUCUAAAGUUCAGAGCCGU